ACCAUCCUCUCCCUCUUUUGCUACUGAUACCACCGACAUGGUCGCUACUAUGUUGCUGUGGUGUGAAUAAUGAAUUUUACGCUGUGAUUGGCAAAUCAAGAGCCCUCAUCGAGCUAUCCGGAAAGUCUUUCUCUGCUAGCGGACAAUUCUGGGAAUAUUCUUAUCAGUUCCUCCUCCAUUUUUAGUUUUCAAUGGGGUUUUCCUUGGGGUUUUCCUCCAUACAGCAGCAGCGUCUCUGCGUAAUUGUGGCAAAGAUUAUUUCUUCACAAUGAUCGAUUGUUUGGAAAUAUUUUGCAAUAAAACAAUUACGAGGUGCCCAUUGAUGAAAAUCCCACUGUUGGCGAUAAGCAGGGCUUGUAUGAGACUGCGUGUAUCUUGGGGAUGUUGGGUAUAUGGUUCUUCCAAUUUACUGGUUUUUCCCAUCUUCCUUCAUGCUGUUUUUUUUGGCACUGAUACAGUCCGCACAGGGGCUAUAAAUCAGUGAAAAUCUCUUCAGAGCGAUAGCAAGUAGCAAUCUUGAGGCCAGUGGUGAUUUGGUCAGGAGAACCAUUACGAGACCAGUCACUGUGGGUAGCUCUAUAAAUGCCCCUGGUCGGUGGGAUUUGAAUUCAGUUUCAAUCACAAUGAAGGUAGUGCUCGUUCUCUUGGUCUGCGCUGUCGCGGCAUUUGCCGACGUCGACGUUACUCCCUACAAUAUCCCAGUCUUCCCAGAAGACGCAUGGAUCGGUGAGAGGAUCGUGAAUGGACAGCCCGCUGCUACAAAUCAGUUCCCACACCAGGCUACCGUCUUCUCGACCAACAACAAUGCCACUGGUGGAUUCUGCGGUGGUUCCCUGAUCUCCCCCAUUUGGGUUUACUCCGCUGCUCACUGCACACGUGGCUUUAACUGGUACCACAUUGGUGUUGGUUCCAUCAACCGCCUCCAGCAGCAACAGACCCAGAUCUCCAACCACGUCAUUGAGCAUCCUCAGUACAACCCACAGAACCUCAACAACGAUGUCUGCGUCAUCCGCCUCGACAACCCACUGCAGAUCAAUGCUGCCGUUCAGGUCAUCCGUCAGCCAACACGCUCCGAGCAGGGACAACUCUGGGUCGGUGCCCAUGCCCUCGUCUCUGGUUUCGGACGCACCACCAACACUGGACCCAUCUCCAACCAGCUGAUGUUCACCGGAAUUCGCAUCAUUAGCAAUGCUGAGUGCGCCAGCGUUUACGGAACCAGCGUCAUUGUUGCCUCAACCAUUUGCGGUCGCGGCUGGGACUUUGAUUCUCAGUCCACCUGCAAUGGUGACUCCGGUGGCCCACUCAUCCUCCGCCAGGCUGGCGGUGAUGUCCACAUUGGUGUUGUCUCCUUCGUGUCUGGAGCUGGAUGCGACAGCGGACACCCAUCUGGUUAUGCUCGCAGCACACACUUCAUUGACUGGGUCAAUGCCAACACUGGCAUCCCAAUUGUGCCAUAAGCACCCACAAAGCAUACACAUUUGACACACAUACACACAGACAGAGAGAGUAAAAUAAGGAAAUAUAGUGGAGAUUUGAGCAAAUAAAA